CACAAUCAUGAAUUCCAGUUCAGUGGCUCUGGUUAGUGGAGUAACUAGCAGAUAGGAAUUGGUGACAACAGCUUCUGCAAGGACACCGGUCAAUGUCAAAUUCACCACAGCCUCUCUGCAGUAUCCAGAUGACUCAGAAAGAAAAAAAUCUGAGUCAAGCCUUUGAGAAUCUGACUAGUCCAAUACAACCAAUCAUUUCCUAAGUCACAAAGAUGAGCGUGUGUGGAUUCUUUCUGGUUCAGCUGUGCUGAAGACGACACUUGUUGGCAUUAAAGGAAGCAACUGGCUGAGCUACAUGGAGAUUCAGGUCAUGUUCAUCAACACUUCCUCCUCUCUCUCAUCCUUAAAUUCCUCCGUUAACUCGUUUGAGUCAAAAUGCCAGGAUUCAAAAGUCAGCAAAGUUUUCUACACCAUCUACACCUCCAUGACCAUCCUCCUCUUCCUUCCACUCUACAUCUUCAUCCUCUACAUGGGCUUCCAACAGUGGUGUCAGAAAUCUGCACAUGCAGGGGCAACAACGACCAACUCCAACUUCUUCACCUACAACAUGAUGUGGGUGGAGAGUUUUGGAGCUUUUGGAUCAGUCUUCUACACCCUGGGUGGUUAUACCAAUAAGAUAACAAUGAUUUAUGUUGGAAUGUAUAUGUUUACCAUCCUUCUUCCUGUAGAGACUUUGUUUCAUGUCCUGACCUGUCUGGAGCGCUACCUGGCUGUUGUUCACCCCAUCACCUAUAUGCAUCUGCGCCAAUCACAUGGUGUCAGGAUUAGAAACAUCUGUGCUGUUUGUGCGUGGCUGCAGUGGGUUGCAUGGUUGGGGAUACAUUUAUUGUUUGGGUAUCAAUUUUCAAAUAUGCUACUUCUGUCCUACUUGGGUGUCUGCAUGGUGAUUGUUGUUUUUUGCUGCCUAUCUGUUCUUCAUGUUCUCAAUCUUCCAAGACCAGGGGAUGUGGGCCACAACAAGGAGCAUGUUGACCAAUCAAAGCUCAAGGCUUUCUACAUGAUCAUGGUGAUAACAGCAGUGCUCCUGCUGAGAUUUUUUGGGUUGAUGAUUUGUUAUGUGAUAAGAAAUAUGUCAUUGAUUGCUAACAAAGACUCAUGCACUUUGAUGGAAUCAUCUGUUUGGUUGAGUGUACCCAGCCGUCUGGUUCUUCCUCUGUUGUAUUUGCACAAAGCAGGAAAACUGUCAUGUUGUAGGGGGGAAAAAAAUUCAGGAUAGGGGCCUCCGCCCUGUGCUGUGGGCAGAGGCAGAGAAGUUGUCCUGCUGGUGCUCAGAAAAUAGCAUGAAGCUUAAUGUCCUUCAAACAAAACAACUCAUAAUGGACUUUAGGUCCACUUCUACCUGAUUAUAAAUGAGGAACGGGUAAAAUUUGCCUCCACCUUCAGGUUUCUGGGCAGCCACAUCUCCACUGAUCUCAUCUUGACACCUUGAUAAAGACAUCCCAGCAGUUGCUGCACUUCUAUCUUGUGCUGAGGAAAAAGCUUCUACUUCAUGUUUGGUACACAGGGGCCACCACUGAGAACAGGAAGGCUACACACUAGGUAAUUAACGCUGUCCCCCAAAAUAACUGGCUGUUCACUGCUACUCCUGGAGACCAUCAACAGAUCCUCCUGUCUCAGAAAAAUCACUGCUAUCACAGGUCAUCUCUACCCCACCCACCACCUGUUUGACCGGCUGCUCCCGGUUGGCGCCUCACUAACAGCGUCUUCCCCAAGACCAUUCAGACUGUCAACAGUAUCACCCCACACACUCAGGCCACUCACAUACAGCCUCUAAAU